AAUCAUACCAAUGUGAAAGCACUAAGAGUCACCACCCACUCGUUGCCAAGUCAGUUGUCAGCUCGGCUCCGUCCUAUGCUAACGCUCAACUCACACCGGCGGUGCAAGUGUUGAUCGUGUACAGAUCGUGGCCACGUCAUCAUGAAGGUCUAUUUGCCGCUUCUGUUGCUGCUGUGGCAGCUGAUCCUGCCGUGUCACUCAAAAGUGGAAAAGGAACAGCGAGAGUUCACAGAUGAACAGGUGAAGGAAACAUGCAAGUUUUCCCUGGAUGAAAUCCACGAUUGCAAGUACACUGGCUGCCUCGAGGUAACAGCGCGAUGUGGCGACAAAGAAAAUGCGACUGCCUGCGAGUUCAAAGAGUGCAUCAGCGUGAAGACAAAAUGCGAGGAGCCGCUCAACCAGUACCUGACGGCGGAGGAAAUCUGCGAGGGGGACGCGUUUGAUCAAGUGGACUUGCGCUGCCUAAUUAACUCACGCCAAAGCUAUGACGAGCUCACAGCAUGCAAGGGCAAGGGCUAUGCGAGCGCCAGGAAGCAAUGCUUUCAGAGUAUGUACAAGAAGAAGAUCGAGGCCAUUGCCAAGAAACAGCUGAAUCUCCGCAGCAUUCCUGACCGAGUGCUCGAGUGCGCGCUGGAUGACUGCUACAAGAAGACAGAGGAGUGCCUUGAACCGUACCAUCUGCAGUAUGCUAAAAACCCAGCCUCCUUGCGGGAGUUUCAGCUGGAACAUUGUGCCUACGUCGCCAAGGACUUCCCCCAUUACUGUGAGACCAUGCAAUGCACCAAGGAAGUGGAUGCUUGCGGAAUGCAGAAUCGGAAUUUGAUAGAAGAGGACGGAACUGACGUGGGACUCAUCGCUGGCGUUGUGUGUGGACUGCUGGUGGCCAUCAUCGCGGUGGCCUGCGUUGUGUUGUUCAUCAAGAAACGAAGCCAGAGCCGUGGGAGCAGCCCCAACGGACGAGGCUCUCCCGUGCAGUUCAGCCAAGUUUCAACCAUCGCCAAUGCGUGAGGAAGCAAGAGAGCAAGCGUGCGAGCACAUACGUACAUGCGUACGUGCUGUGUGGUACGGAAAUCUCUGUGUCACAGCGAUGGGCAACUCAAAAAGACCACACGUGCCACUCAAACCCAUGUUUCUUGCGCAUAUCUUGUUAAUUGGACCGUGUAAGUUUCUUGAUUGGCAUACAAAGGGGGGACCGUGUAUGUCCCGUGCGGUAUUUUGAAUUGCCUAUGCAUGGUUUUCUUGCUCAAUGAUCAUUGCGUUGCUUUGGCUCUGCGUUUUACUGAAAAAUUCCACUUACACAUUCUAUUGCAAGAUUGUAACAAAUGGCAUCAAAGACAGCAAUAACAAUGUAAUGAUCUGACUAAACAAAAUUAAAGCAUUGAAUCGAAUUUCCCCAAGAUAAUUUCCCCAAGAUAAAUGCAACGUAAUCCUAACGUUUGGCCAUAAAACGUUAGGCGCAUGAAAAUAUCGCGCUUGUGAGACUCCUGACAUAUGCGUUGUAAACGCAACUUGCAGUUAACUCUGGAGAUCCAUUGUGUCAAAACCCCCUCUCUUCAAUUGCAGUCCCAAGUGGUUCAUAAUCUAUGGAUAUGUGAGACGGUGCAGUGGAUAGCUUGGUUCGUUAACCACAAAGCAUUUUCCUCUUGGGCCUCCCCCCAUGAUAUUGGCACUCAUGAAUCUGGCCCUGAAUGGCAAGUAUUAUGAAGUUGAUGUUCGCUGACAUCAAAUUGUGAUUGAAUAAAUUGACCCAAAGCGAUAAAAGGGUCUCUGGUGAAAUUUUGCACUGACGGGAUGGAUGCUUUUUGUAUUUUUAACACAACUUAAAAUACUAGAGGACCAUUGUAUAAUUAGAGUCCGCUUAGAUGACCGUUAUGUUUUUCGUUGCUUAUCAUUCAGGUGAAUUUUCGUGCAUUUUGGUGAUCUGGAUGUCUGCAGGGCGAGGUUCUCAAACUCCAGUCCUCGCGACCCAUAACACUAUGUAUUUCUGCAUUUACGUUCUGAUGCGCCCUACUACAUUCUCACCUACUCCGACUGGACAUCUGUGGAUAAAAAAGAGCUUUACAGCUCACCAGAUUCCUCCAGUAUAAAUACAUUUUCUGAUUCUGAAUUACCAAUUUACUCUCCAUUCAAAUACAAAUAAACUUGUUCGGUGCUGCACGGGCCAAUUUAUUGUUAAACAUGUCCAAUGUGAUGUGAUAAUCAAUUAACGCUGUCUGUGUAAAUAUAGCGCAAUCAAAUUAAUAUUGAGAUCUCCAGUGUGUGUGCACUCAUGCUUCCGCGUCACGCGUACAGCGUUAAUUUCUUAGCGCUCGUCACGUGAGACGUGUUUACAACAAUCAUGGGACUCGUGCGGCGUGGAACGAGUUAAUUUUAUUUGAAUGGGGAGUAUAUUUGUAAAUGCCUAGAGACGUAGCAUGGUGAGUCACGCGGACUGGAGUUUGAGAAACCGUGCUCUAUGAGUUUUUAUUAAAACUGUGGUUCGCUGGUUCGAGCUGGGACUCCAGACCCCCUCUCACAAAGCAGAUGCAACCCUAAAAAAUACUACAGCACUUACUGUAUAGACACAUUAACAUGCAUAAGAAUGCGCUUAUUUUAGGGUCCUGCUUUGGGAUGCUUAGCCAAUUCCAUGAAUGAGUGGUUAUUUUAACUCGAGAAUUCAGCCCUGAAUUACUCGACACUGUUCCAGGGUCCGGUCCUGGAAGACAUGCACAGGGUUGCCCAGAUGUCGUGUGACCGCCAUUUAAUUAUCUUAAACUUAAAGGUUUAUUUAAAAUAUAAAUGAAUACACAAUGAAUAUACAAAGGCAAACAUGUUAUGGAUCAAUUAAUUGGGGGUCACAUGACAUCUGCACAACUCUGUAAAGUGCAAGUAAUAAUAUGUAAUUUCAUAUAUAGGCUUUCACAGCCAAUAUUAUUACGAUUCUGAAUUACAGUAUUUUCUAUUUGGGCGAGAUCGUGUCGGUAUACAGUCACGUAAACAAAAUGUUACUCUAACCCUCCACCACCUGGUAGAAACAAUCAACUUGAUAUAUUUGGAUUUGUAAGGUGGUGAAGGUUUACAAACGAAAUCAAUUAUGAACAAGCAAUACUAUAUCAUUUGCUCACUCAAAAGAUUAAUUAUUUAGCCCUCUAUGUAACAAGAUAUUAAAUGUUGUAUAACAUCAUGCAAUAGCGGGUAAAGUGUCUACAGAGGGCAUUGUUACACCUGGUCUCUUGGACCCAGGGCUGCAUUCUAUGAUUAAAGCUGUGGUUACAAGUGUAGGCACAGCGCUCGACGGUGACAUCACAUCGAUUAGCACAGUUGGCUACGUACGGUGCGAAAUAAGUUCAACAUACAUUGCGUACCAUAUUUUUCUACCCUCAUUAACGAAGCUCUGUGUCUAUGAAGGAGGCGAAGUGUUUUUUUGUGGAUUGUGUGUUUCUUUAGGAUAAAGCUUUGCGCGAUCAUUCUGUGUUAGAUUCUGGCCUACCGCUGUCAUGAAUAUAGGCAUCAACGUUCCCACAAUACAAAGAUUAUAGCCUGUUAGGGCUGGUGCUGUUAAGGAGCACUGAUGGGGUGGGUGGCCAGCACCACGCCUCGCCACCUUUGUUACUCGUGUUAAUUUGGUUUUGCGUUGACAAAAUGGAGAUAUUCGCCACUGAUGGACGUGGACGAAAAUCGAUAUCACGCCACCGGGCUCGUAGUGAACAACGCUUAUUACUGCACCACCGCCCCCAAUACAGACACACACAUACAGUCACAAUAAUCAUUAGUAGCUUUGUGGAGAUGACAAACAACGGGAUAAAUGGACAAUAUUUCAGUAAACAUGGAUCGUUGUAAAAUUCUAACAACACGCCAAAGUUGGAUGUUAACUGAGAUGUCUCCAAUAGAUAUUUAAAAUCUGAAAUCAAUUGUUAUUGUAUAGAAAGACACUAGUAGUGCUGCUUGGUGCACAAUAUUGCAAUGGUGUGCAAUCUCUCUUUAAUAAUCGCUGGGGUUAAUUUUGCUCAUAUGAGUUUUUACUCUUGGAGUUUAUCUUCAAUAUAAUUGUUCAUUCAUAGGGUUAAGGAGCCGUCGGCAAAGUUGCACAGGAUAACGGAAGCUAGCUGUUCACCAUUCAACAAAAAACUCAACACAUUCGUCAAUAAUAUUGUCACCUUUAAAAAAAGGUUAUAGUAGGUGACGUUUCGGGUAAUGCCCCUUUUUCACAGUACAUAGGAAAGAGGAGCUAUUGCGCGAGACAUCGCUGAUUGUAUCUUACGAUACCAAAUCGUGACACUGGUUCCAUGUCAGACUGCGAUUCACUCCAGCGGAAGGCGUGAAUGUGCCUGUGGAUAGACUUUAGCCUCGUAAUGCGGAGGCGGGCCCGGCAUACAUAAAUUUCUUCUGAGCGGGUUUUUUUUUUUAAAUAGCAGCUCAAUAAACGUGCAACGUUAAGCCAACGUUGGCACGUUAUUAAAACCUUUGGGCCAACGUUGGCUCAACGUUCCAUGUUUACUGGGGGGUCGGGUGAAGACAACAUUCCAGAAUCACAGGAGACAUCACAUCGUCAACAAAAGAGGUGCGCAAGCUUUCAGCCGGAACAGUCAAGGAACGUUACCAUCGGGGAUUGUUGGCUCGUCACAUCCACCCCAGUAAAACAUGUAACGUUUGCCAAACGUUCGGCUAACGGUUCCAGCUAUGUACCAACGUUGAAACAACGUUGGCACGUUUACUGGGAUCUUGCCUAAAUGUGUCCUCAGAACUUGAAUAAAACGGCUGAUAGGUUUAUUGGAAUAUAGGGAACAAUAAUGGAGGAUUCUCACGUGUUCUGUUCUCUAGUGGUAGUGCUUUCCAACAAUAAUCGCUACUCCAUGCCAGCCUAGCAAUGUUCCGGAGAAUAUCGAGUGAUUAAUUAAACUCUGCUCCUAUCCCUAACAAGGUGAGUGGUGUCUCUUCGUUGUAUCCUUCUAAAAUGGCUACAUGCAGCAGCCUCCUAAUGUGUCUCCGUUUCGUAAAAAAAACAAGUGCACAAAAGAGGACCUUGCUGUUGUCAGCAAAAUUUUGGUUUUGGAAUUGUCACUCACUCGACUGAUGUGAUUUGAUUUAAAUACGGUGGUUUGUUUUCAACACCAGUUUGGUUUUCUGCCUAUUUGAAUAUAAACACGUCCGGUGGUGUAAACAUCUCUAUAUACCAAUUGUGGCAAAUAUUUGGUGUGUAAUUUUUUCUGAAGUGAGAAAUAAAGGCUUAAGAUUGCUGAACAAUUAA